UCACGCUAUUGAUUGUGAAGGAGAUCGUCUUUUGGAGACGCCAUCUUAAAAUAAAGUGAUAUAAGUUUUGGUAGAGUAGAAUUUAGAAAAAAUCUGAAGUCAUCUUCUUUUAUAUAUUAGCAUUUGAGCUUAGAUAAUUAUAUUAUAAUUUUACCAGGUGUAACGGACCAAGUUGGUGGUCGGUGCGAGGGUGUCCUGAUGGUGUGUACAUCGCAGCAUGUCUGCACUCUCGACGCCGGGCGGCGGAGGCACUACGGCGCAGAGCAAGCCGACGUCCGGGAAGCAAAAAUAUCAGAAAUUGGACAUCAAUAGUCUUUACUGCGCUAAUAGGAUAAUUAUUGAAAAAAGUACAAAAAAUGAAAGCUCUGAACCGUCAUCAGUGAAAUCUCAACUUAGCCGUAAACAUGGAAUGCAAAGUCUUGGAAAAGUACCUUCAGCUAGACGACCACCAGCAAACCUGCCUUCUUUAAAAACUGAAACUGGCCAAGAUCCUAACGCUAAUACUGUAUCUACUGUAACUACUCCUGCAACUACUCAAGCGACAUGCACAUCUCAGACUAUAACCACAACUUCAAGCAGCAGUGCUGUUGCGUCAGGAUGGGUGGCUCUCCCCCCUCCGUCCUCACCUCAUUUUCGCACAGAAUUUCCUUCACUAGAGGCUGCUGCACAACCUUCACAUCGUUCUACAGAUCACACUGUGCCUCAAACACAGCUGAGACCACAAACGGAAGGCAGCUGGACGUGCGGUGGCACGGCCGGCGUUCGGCAAGAAACUACAUCGUCCACCGUCGCCGCUCCCGCCUCCACGCCCGCUUCACAGCAAACACCCGCUUUCCGUGCUAUUCUGCCACCCUUCCUGAUGAAAGGUAGCAAUGGCACAGGAUUGGGCUUGGGAACAUUGACAUCACUUCGUGAUUCUAGAAACAUUGGCGGUGGCGGCGGAAGCGGUAAUUCCAAUAGUAACAUGGCUGGUCCAAGGCAAUCCCAGCGACCGUCCGCUACGCCUCGAGCCGUUGAAGUUUUAACGGCAAGGCCCAUUCUUCGUGAAGAACAGAUAUCUUCUCUUGAUGAUAUAUCUCGUGAUGCUGGAUGGGCGCAACAUGACGACAUAGAUUAUGACCAAAAGUUAGACUUCUCAGAUGGUGAGUCUUCAGCUCCUACUGUGAAAGUUAGCAACAAGACUAAUAAUAACCGGACCAGUAUUGAAAAUGAUCGCAUAGACUCAAAAAUACAAGACCCUGGUGAUGAAGACCAGUUAUGGGCAGAACGGCGGCAGAAGCAAAGUAAUGAAGUUGCUCAAGCUGUUGCUCGUGCAAGACAGCGGAAAGAAGAGGAACAGCGUCGUCAAAUGCGGGAUUCACCAGCGUCACAGCAGUCCUCUAAAGAUAACCGCGAUAAAAAUGAUAGAAAUGAUCGUGAUCGUAACGAUAGAGAAAGAGAUUAUGAACACAGAGACAAGGAUAGGGCUGAGAGCAAAGAAAAGGAAAGGUGUGACAAUAAAGACAGAGAAAGAAACGAUUUACGUGACAGGGACAAGGACCGAUUAGAGAGUAGGGAUCGUGAUCGUAUGGAAAACAGAGAUCGUUUUGAUAAUCGUGAUAGAGAACGUGACCGCGACCGUGAAAGAGAUCGAGCAAUGGAUAACAAGGAUAGGGGAAGGCAAGACAAUAGAGAUCGGAAUGAUAGCAAUAAAGAUAGGGACUUGCGUGACAGGGAUCGUAAUGACAAUAGAGAUCGCAAUGAAAACCGCGAUCGUAAUGAAGCUAGGGAUCGAGGAGAUAGAGACCGCAAUGAUAAUCGUGAACGUGAAAGAUUUGAUAGAGAAAGAGACCGAAAUGACCGGGAUCGCGAUCGCGAUCGAGAAAGGUCUGAUCGGGACUUCAGGGAUCGUGACAGAGAUUUUGCUCGUGAGCGCGAUCGGGACCAGUCAAAUCCAUUCUCGAAGAUAUUUCAAGCCAACAUACCUCCUAGGUUUUUAAAGCAACAGCAGAACAGACAGCAGGAAGACCAACAUAAGGGAUGGGCCUUUGCUGGAAAACCUGCACCAAGAAGACAAGAAGCGCAAUCAUACAACGCACCGAGACAUGCACCAAAUAAUGGCCGACGUUCAUACUCCAGAGAUUAUUCCGACCGUGAAGAUGAGGUACGGAGAGAUAAAGAUGGACCUCAAUGGCGUAAUGAAAUGCAAGAUUAUGAUAGAUCUGGUCGAGAGUUAGACAGGUCUAACUCUAAGGAAUCUUAUAAAGACUUUAACGAUUACAAAGAUAGACGAUCUGAUUCUGACCGAAAACCUUUAGAUACAAUUGAACAUAGCAGCAGAACAGCAGCCGAUAAGUUGACUGAAGUCUUUGAAAGAAAAAGCAUAGGUGUUGCUGAACCCUUUGUUUCGACAGAAUCUUCUAUACAAGCACAAGCUCAUGAAAAAAGAUCUUCACCGCCUUCAAACACACCACAAAGGGAAUUUACCGAAAAGGAUCUUAUUGAAACCUCUUGGGCUGAUAUGGGACAGGAAGAACAAAGUAACAGCGCUAUUUCAGGGGACAAAAAAAAUUCAGCCAAAAUGUUCGAUCAAAAGGAGAAUGAAUCGAACGCCCCACAAGCUGACCCCAUCAAGACGUUACAAGAAACAAAUGAUGCAAAAAUUAUUAGUUCGAACAUGUCUCAAUCUCAUAACAAUAAUUACAAUCAGACAUCUAACAACACUUCUAAUGCUUCUGUACAAAAUCAACACUCAAAUAUGAAUAUUGCGGGAAAUAUUCAAAGUUCAAUAAUGCCAUCUGGUAUACAAUCUCAAACCCCUUCAUUUACCGAUUCUCACUUUACUUCUAAGUCUACUUCUAAUCAAGUACUUCCUAAACCUAUUAGCUCAAAUGAUAUACUUUCUAAUUCCUCACAACCACCAAAGCAGUUUGUUCCGGAACAGUCAAAUGUUGUUACAAAUACUGCCAAACAAACAGUAUCCUUAAAAUCAGAAAAAGAUCUGUCAGAAUCUGAAUCUAUUGCCUCUAAAUCCAGCAGCGAUCCUUCCGGAAUUAUAGGCAAUAAACUGACUGAUUCAAAUUCCAUUGAAAAUAAUCAAGACUCUCAAAAGCGACCACAGGAUGAUAAAAAAAGUGAAAGAUAUACUAAUGAUCAAGGAAACAAAAUGCCGCCUAAAGAACCUAUUGAACGUAAAUCAAGUGGGUCAGGAUCUGAAAAGAAAGGACGAGGGUAUGGUGUUGGUGGAGGGUAUAACGUCUAUGGCAGAGGUUGGGGUACAAGAGAGUCACGUGGUCGGCGUUCACAUAGAAGCUCUCGGUCAAAUAAUAGAGCCAGUGAGUCAGAUGGUUCAACAGAUGGCACUAAUAUUGAUCGAAGGGAACGACGUAGAGCACCUCGUAGCCCACGUGGCCCUAAAAAGCAGGAAAGACUCGAGGAUUCAAGUCACGUUAUUGACCAGGGAUCCCAAUUUACAGAUGGUUUAGAAAAUAGAGAACCAUUUGCACCUCGUGGUCAACCUUCGCGACGAGGCCGUGGUGGCUUCCAUGGCACAAACAGACCUCCAGCGCCGGCUAAAAGAGUAACUGGAUAUGGGCCGCCGAAUACAAAAAGUCCUUUUAGUCAAGCUAACAGAGCAAACAAAGACAAUGAGGAUUGUAAGGACAACGUUCAAAGUGACAAAGACAAAAAUACCAAUAGACCGCAUACCAGUUCUUCAGGAGGCAAAGGUAGAGAUCGGCGUUCUAAAGGAGGUCUCAGUGGUGAAGACGAAAAUUGGGAAACUACCUCUGAACAUUCUGAAGGCGGUGGCGGACCACGCCGAUCUGGUAGCAGACAAUUAAAUCAAUCUCAAAAGGGACAAGGUGGCAGUCGAAAUCAUAUUUCUAACAAUCGACAAAACAAUGGUCGGAAUCAGCAGGGUAUUAGGAAAGAAGGUGACAAUAAAAGUACGGACGCAUUAGAGGCUAUAGGUGACCCUAAAAUACCGACUGCCAAGAAAGAUGAAGAAGCUAUUGAUGACGGAUUCCAAGAAGUGCGUAAUAAAAAAAAUUCAAAAGAUAUCAGAGGUCCCAUUAAUGCAAAAGAAGAAAAGCAACCUAGAUCUCGUUCAAACCAAGGCGGAGGUGGCAGAAAUGGUUCAUCUACAAGAAAUUCAAAUGACAAAUCUAACUCUAGAGGUUCUGGACCUGUUCCCGGUAAAUCAAAUGUACCUUACGAUAACAGACCGCGUCAGGCUAACUUGGCACCUCGCUUUGUUAAACAAAGACAAAAACAACAAAUGGGGUUGGUACCCAACUUUGGCACGGAUACCGGUGCUGCUCCCCCUCCGCCACCAGUAAACGCGUGGGACAAACCUAUUGCACAAACUUUGCGUGGCAAUGUUGAAGACCAACCCGAAGUUGUUGAAAAAUCAAACCAGUCUAGCCAACGUAGUACUCCAGGAGACACAACUGCUGAAAGUAAUAAACAACCUCCUCCUUCAUGUGCUGUAGUUGCUGAUAAAGCGGGCGUCUUAGAUGGGACUACACCGCCUGUGGAAACUAUAAUAUUUGAAAACACCAAUUAUAAAACUGUGCCACCUGCGGAGGCUCUUAAACAAAAAUAUCAACCUAGUGCAGUUACAGCUAAACCCCAAGGAGAAGAAGUUCAAAAUGAAGUGGAUUCUAGGUCAAUGCCAUUCAAUGGAGACGUGAGGUCGCGUCCUAGAUCAAUACAAGAGCUUAUGGCUGAAACCGGUAGACCUGUGUCAGAGGCCGAGGGGUCUCUCGGUCUUCAAAUGGCUUUUGAUACAUCACAGAAGAACGAGGAUUCUUCUGACAUGAAACUUGAUUUUGCAUUUGACUCUGACCUUGGGCAGCUCACUGAUGAAAAAUCAGCUAAAGCUUUAGGAUUGCCUCGUGGCACCCACAUGAGUACGUCGAACACCAUAUCACCGUUAGCAGCCGAUCUCAAUUUAAAAAUAGCGAGUGUUAAGAAAGUAUGGGAGAUGCACGCUGUGGCUGAGGGUAGUGAGGAGCUACAAUUCACUACAAAUUUCGAAGAGAACAAUACAGAAACUGGCGCACCUCCGAACGUGUGUAAAGUUAAACCAACUCAGCAACUACAAUCCCCGCCGCCUCAACAUUAUAACCAUGUAACAUACCAGGGCGGUUAUGGAGGCCUGUCAGUCCCAUCGCCACCAGCAGUUCUGUACAACUCGACUCAACAAUUAUUAGGUUCAUCUCAGCAACUACAACAACAAGGUGGAUUAUACGGAGCCUUUUUAGAUCAAACACGGGGACAAUUUGGAGGCUUCCCUGGAACUCCUUAUGGCGCGGGUUCUGCUACUCCAUAUAAUUACCAACCACCACCGGAUAUGUUCCAGAGCCUGCCAAGUCAAUACCGAAUGGCCGCUGCGGCAGGAGGUGGCGCUGCCUUCGGCCAGUCUGGUCAAUUAGGAAACAGUCCAAGCACUGUACUUAUUUCAAGUACGUCAAACUCGCUCAUGUCGGCUACAGUAAAGCCAUCGACUCAACAGAUCGGAGCUAUUGGUAGUAAAGGUGGAGGCGUGGGCGGAGUCGGUGGGGUCGGGGCUGUUGGUGGUGUGAAUACGUUCCAGCAGCAGUACUUGGGGUACUCGGGACCCGUGGGUGAUUCUCCAUAUUCACUGCCUGGGCUGCUGCCUCGGCCUGCCCCUCCUUCCACUUCAUACUACUCCCCCUACCAGCCGCCCGCCGCGCCCGCUCCUACAUAUCCGCUACAGUUCACUCAGCCAGCACAGUCCAGCGCGUUCAGUUCACAGUUCCUCUCCUCACAGCUGCAUGUCGCCGCCGCCGCGGCCGUCCAACAGAUGCAGCAACAAUAUCGGGCACCUCUACAACAACAGUAUGCUCCGCCUCAGCCCCGACCUCCGCCUCAGCAACAACUCAAGAGUCCACUGCACGAACAUCCUAACGGAUUCGCCCCUUUGUGUGACUCGGCCUCACCGACGCCCAAAGGAGCAACAAAACAGCAGAAACCGCCUCAUUCGCCGCCUCAACACAAGUACCACGCGCCGCCGCCACAACAUCAACAGCACCCGCCUCACCCCCCGCCAGCACACACACCGCACCAGCAUCAUCAGCAGCACCAGCAACACCAACAGCAAAUGGUCGGCGGCGGAAACAACGGACGUGGCGGGAACGGCGGCAACGGAAACGGCAACGCCAUGAACCGCGGCGGCAUGGUGACGUCACGCUACCCAGCACCCAUACAGAGGCCGCACGCGCCCGCGCCGCCCAUGUACCGCGCGCCGCCCUCGCAGCCGCCGCGACCACACCACGCGCAACACGUACAACAUAUGAGACCCAACCUCUACUACCAUCACCACCAACGCAACGGCGGGGGAGGUUCGGAGCGUGUGACCGAGGGUGGGGAAGUAUCAGCUACCAUGGAGGAGGUCGGGGAGACGGUGACCGCAGGCGAGACGCCUUCCCCCGCUGAGGUGAAGGCCGAGUGAGGCGGCGCCCCACGGCCACCGCCCCUCGGCCCUCGCCCCUCGCCAACGCGCUCCCGGCAGCCCGAGCGAUCGCCGCUCGACAGACGUCCGCCUCUCCACUGACGUCGACAGAUUUAGGUUUUCGGUAUUUUUAAGUAAUAAAUUAUGGAAGUGAUUUAAUGUUAUUUAAGAUUCAUACGAAUCGAGCCACCGCCGCCUCGAGCGGACUCGAGUCCGGUCUCGGUGACUGGACCCGGCCCGGCCCGGCCCGGCCCGGCCCGGCCCCGGCCCCGGCCACGGCCACGUGUCGCAGAGCGUUAUGGUGUUUCGUUUGUUUUGUAUGUAAAUAAAUUUAUCGGACUGAUAUCCGGCUGUCUAAUUGACUGUUAUAUUUUAAGUAUAUAUGUAAAAAGCGAUUAGUCGUCGGCCUCGCUGCGUGAGAUGCACAGCGCGGGGACUGUGCGAUGUGCGUCCAUCUGUAACGCUGCCUCGAGACCUCUCACUAGUGAAUAUGUAGCCACGGUUUUUGCAUAACGAAUGUCGAUGCAAUAUAAAGAAUUAAUAAUAAUGUAAUUUGAGCCAAGAUGCUCGACUGAACCGGCAUCCGCUGACCGGCGCGCGUUAGCGCUCCAUGUAUCAUAAUCAAUUAUUAUAUGCGAAUAAAAUUAUUAUGACCGA